AUGGGAGACCAGAUCAUUGAGCGCAUUGGACCCGUGGCAUACUGCCUCGCUCUAUCCUUAAAGUUUACACGUCUACAUGACAUCUCUCACGUCUCGAUGCUAAAGAGGUACCAUCCUGGCCCUUCUCAUAUUAUUCCUCGUGAUGAGGUACAGGUACAAGCCGACAUGACUUCUGAAGAGGUUCCUGUGGAGAUUUUUAGGUGGACUGACAAAGUCUUACACAACAAGACGAUUCCCAUGGUGAAGGCGCGAUGGCAACAUCAUACCCUAGAAGAAGCAACAUGGGAGUUGAAAAACGAGAUGAGGGAGAAGUAUCUAGACAUGUUCAAGACAAAUUUUGGAAUCAAAUUUUUCUAA